AUGGUUUUUCCAUAUUACCACCGCCGUCGGCCACCAUUUCGAAGCUCCUUCAUUACGAGAGGGAGUACUUCAAACAAGGUAAAAUUGAAUAGUUUCGACAAAUAUUGGAAGAAGGGUCUAGCACAGAAAUCGAUGAAUAUUAUGCAGAUUACUAUAACAAGACAUCAAGAAUUGACAUGCAUGAACCUUCAACUUGGAUUGGGAAAGCCUACUCUACACUUCUUUCAAAACGGUAAAAAGGCCUCGGAAGUUAUUGGUGCCGAUGUUGAACAUUUGAGAGAUACCAUGGAAGCACUCUACAAAUAA